AUGGAAGGUAAUAAUAUAUCAUUAAAUAAAACUUUAAACAAUGAAGAAUCAUCAACUGGUUCAAUUAUUCUUGUUCUAUCAUCUGCUGUUUUAAUUUCAUGUUUAUGCAAAAUUAUCUUUAUUAAAUUUCUUCAUCAUAGAAUAAAUCUUUCAUUUUAUAUAGUUGUUUUACUUUUGGGUUUUCUUAUUGGUACUAUCGCUACUCAAAUAAAAGGUCGUUUUAGUGAAGAUGAUUUUCUACGAGGUGAACUUCAUUUAAGUAAAAUAAGUCCAAAAUUAAUUUAUUAUAUUUUUUUACCAAUAAUUAUUUUUGAUGCAUCUUUCAAUGCACAUUUUCAUAUUGUUAAACAACAAUUAAUUACAACUAUUCUAAUCGCUGGACCAGGUGUUCUUCUUUCAACAGUGUUCAUAGCUUUAUUUGUUGUAUAUCUAUUUCCAUCCGAUUAUCAAUGGUCAUGGAUUAAAGGUCUUUUAUUUGGUAGUAUAUUAAGUACAACAGAUCCAGUCACAAUUAUUACAAUGUUAAGAGAUUAUGGAGCCAGUGAUUCAUUAUCAUCAUUAAUUGAUUCGGAAUCAUUAGUAAAUGACGGACUGGUAUUUAUGCUUUUUUCAGUUUUUACUCGUAUUGCUGUUGGUACUUCAAUUACAGCUGUACAAAUCAGUAGUGAUAUUAUCAGAUAUGGGCUAGGUGGUCCAUUAUUUGGAUUAUGUUGUGGUUUUAUAUGUGUAUUUGUAUUAAAUCGUAUUAAUAAUGAAUUAAAAAUUGAAAUUACAAUUACAUUUAGUAUUACAUAUCUUGUUUUCUAUAUAGCAGAUGCUGAACUUGGUGUUUCAGCUGUUCUUGCUCUUAUGUUUAUGGGUUUGUAUAUGGCUAAACAUAAAUAUUGUAUAAGUAGUAAUGUUCAAUUAUCACUCGUUGGUGCAUGGCAAAUAAUUAUAUUUAUUGUAAAUAUUCUUACAUUUACUCUUAGUGGUUUAAUUUUAGCACAUUCAUUUGUUGGUAUAGAAAAUACUUUGACUAGUAGAGAUGUAGGAAUAUCUUUAGUACUUUAUUUAUUAAUUCAUGUCAAUCGAGCAUUAACAGUAGGUGUAUUAUAUCCAGUAAUUACAUGGAGUGGUAUACAUUUAAAUCGAAAAGAAUGUGUUAUUUUUGCAUGGAGUGGUGUACGUGGUCGACAAGCUUUAAUUCUUGCUCUUUUAGUCUAUUUAGAUUCUGAUAUUGAUCGUGCAACAAGUGAACGUUUUCUUUUUCAUAUUUCAAUGAUUGUAAUGUUAACAUUAGUUAUUAAUGGAACAAGUAGUAAAUUCUUAGUCAAAAUGCUGGGUCUUCAUAAAGGAACACCCGAAAGUCAAAUUGUACGUUUACAAGCAUUAAAACAUAUGCAAGUUCAAACAGGAAGACAAAUUAAAAAAAUGAAAGAUGAUAUUAAUUUUGCUCAUGUUAAUUGGAAAGUUCUCAAUGAUUAUUUACCAGAAAUAUUACUUGAUGAAAAUGAUACAAGUGCUCAACAACAAACAUCAUAUGAUCGUUUAUCAGCAUCUAUUUCAACAUCAUCAAAUAGUAUUUUUCAAUAUGAUUUAGGUUUUAUAUCUAAAGAUCGAUAUUUAAUAGGACCAUUUAUGGAACCACGAAGUACAUUAGAUUUAAAUUCUGAUUGUUAUCGAACAAAUAUGCGAAAUGAAAUUGUUCAAAGAUUUUUAACAGCUGUGGCGGUUGAUUAUGAAAAACAAUGGUAUCUCGGUAUGAUUCGACGAAGAACACUUAAAAUACUUAUUGAAACAGUUGAACAAGCAAAAACAAAACUAUCACUUAAACGACAUUGGCAACUUCUUGUCGAUCAUUUUCGAAUGCCUCUAUGGUUAGAAUGUCUUGUUAAAUUUGAUAAAAUUAAAUGUUUAAAUCAACUAGCAGAAAAAUUAUUAAUUGAUCAUCUCAUACUUACGAUUGAAUUAGCAUUAGCAUUUCAUUCUGCUCAAUCACGUAUGGAAACAAUGCUUCUUAAAAUUCCUGAAUUUGCUAAUAUUGAUAAUCAUAUUAUUAGUCAUGUACUUAAUGAUGCAAAAAAAUUACAAAUACGUGCAUCACUUGUAUUACAAGAUCUACAAUAUUCAUAUAAAAAAUGUUGGACAAUUGAAAUGACUAAACGUUGUGCUCAAAUGCUUUUAAAAUAUGAAUCUGUAGCUAUUGUUCAAUUAUAUGAAACAGGAAUGUUAAAUGAAAAUGAAUAUACACAUAUACUUCAGCUUAUACAAAAGAAACUUUUUCAUUUAGAAUAUAGUCAUAUAAUGAGUAUACCAAAGAUUGAUUUACAUGUUGAACAAGAUAAUCAAUUUAAUGAUCUUUCAUUAUUUUCGAAUUUAUCUGAACAGGAAAAAAAUCAAUUUAAAGAUUUAUUAAAAUCACGACGAAAAUGGUUUCAACCUGGUGAAAUUCUUUUACGACAAGGUUAUAUUAUAUCAGAAGCCUAUUUAAUUGUUCGUGGUAUUGUUGAAUGUUCAGAAGAUAUUUUAACAUGUUAUAGAUCAGGUCAUAUUAUUGGUAUUGAUUCAUUAUUUGAUAAAAGUUCAUCACCAUCAAAUCGAACAUAUCGAGCUGAGAGUAGUAUUGUUGAAACUUAUGCAAUUGAUCAAUCUUUACUUGAAAUGUUUUUAUCAAAUAUACAUAUGAUUCGAUUGAUCUAUAAUGAAAUAGCUCUUCAUAUGCUUAUUAAUAUGUAUCAACAACCAAUACAUUUAUUAAAUUAUGCACAAAUUAAAGUUCUUCUAGAUGAACAUGCUAGUUUCUAUCGAAAUGAAUCUAUUCAUGAUCUAUUUACAAUUCAACUGAAACGAAAUGAACGACUUUUUAUUCUCAUUGGUACUAUGCAAAGAGAAGAUGAUGAUUAUUUUCUAGAUGGUCCUCAAUUAGUCACUGUGAAUCAAUCGACGUCAUUUCAUUGUACUGUAAAUCAAUUAGUUGUAGCAUAUACAUGGACAUUAGAUGAUGAACAGGAAUGUUUACAAAUAGUACGAUCAUUUACAACUAGUUUUCGUCUAUCUGAUUCAGCAAUUGUUUAUCCAUCAUUUUCAGAUUAUCCUGCAGAUUUUCUUCCGCAAAAUCAUUCCUUAAUGCAAUUUGCACGAUCUGCUGCACAUACAAGUAAUAUUCAAUUGAUUCCUAUGCAAACAAUGGAUCGAUAUUAUGAAAGAAUAUAA